AUGGAUGCUGGCAGAAGUGCGUACAAUUCUUAUGGUCAAUAUGGUGGGAUCAACGAGUUCGAUUUAAUAUCAUUUCUCAAGAAACCACUCGUCCUGCUAAGGAUAAUUGCUAUUAUCUUUUCAAUUGUUGUGUUUGGAUGCAUAGCCACCAACCAAAAUGGCAAAGGAUGCCCUUAUGUUGAUGGUGGCGCCUGUGGAUAUGGUUCUGGAGUGGGUGUUGUUGCAUUUUUAGCUUUGAUAGCAUUUCUAGUGCUAGAUGCCAUGUUUGAUAAUAUAUCUGAUGUAAACAACAGAAAAUAUAUCGUCAUUUCUGAGCUGGCAUUCAACGGUGUGGCGCUGACGACCAUGUCGUUAGCAAGGUACAGAAGGGGAUCACUUGAUGAUUUCAUGCCAUUUACUGUUCCACCAUCAUAUCCUGAUUCUCAAAUAUCAGGAAAUUCUGGUUAUUAG